UCUUACCGCGAAAACCGAACCUUAGUUUUUCGCUCCCAAGCGGUCUAAAUUUGCGGAUACUAGCAACAGAAAGAUUUAGAAUCGUGUGGUCCAGCUCAGCUGCUGAUCAUGGGGAUCUCCGGACUGCUGCAGUUCAUCAAGGAUGCAGGCGAGCCCGUCAACGUGAAGAAAUACAAGGGUCAAACGGUGGCGGUGGACACCUACUGCUGGCUGCACAAAGGAGCGUUCUCCUGCGCCGACAAGCUCGCCAAAGGGGAACCAACUGAUCAGUACGUGUGGUACUGUAUGAAGUUUGUGGACAUGCUGCUGAACUUCGGCAUCAAACCAGUCCUGGUGUUUGACGGACGUAAUCUACCUUCCAAACAGGAGGUGGAAAAGGCUCGUAGAGAGCGAAGGGAGUCCAACCUUCACAAAGGUCGGCAGCUGCUGCGAGAAGGGAAGCUGUCUGAGGCCAGAGACUGCUUCACCCGCUGCAUCAACAUCACCCCCGCCAUGGCUCACAACCUCAUCAAGACUGCGCGAGCGAGAGGUGUGGACUGUCUGGUGGCUCCGUACGAAGCCGACGCUCAGCUGGCCUUCCUCUCCAGGUCUGGUUUGGCUCAGGCCGUCAUCACAGAGGACUCUGACCUGCUGGCAUUCGGCUGCAAAACGGUGAUCCUCAAAAUGGACAAACACGGCAACGGCCUAGAGAUCGACCAGAGCAACCUGGGACGCUGCCACUCUCUGGGGAACGUCUUCACAGAGGACAAGUUCCGCUACAUGUGCAUCCUGGCCGGCUGCGACUACCUCGCCUCCCUGCACGGCAUCGGCCUCGGCAAGGCCUGCAAGCUGCUGCGGCUCGCCAAAGACCCAGACAUCCUCAAGGUGAUCAGAAAGAUGGGCCAGUACCUGAAGAUGAACCUGGUGGUCCCUGAUCAAUACAUCGAGGGCUUCGUCAAAGCCAACAACACCUUCCUGUACCAGCUGGUGUUUGAUCCCGUCAGGAGGAAGGUGGUCCCCCUCAACUCCUACCCAGGACACGUGGACCCGGCCACCCUCAGCUACGCUGGACUAAACCUGGGAGAUGACAGAGGCCUGGAGAUGGCCUUGGGAAACCUGGACCUCAACACCAUGGAGAGGAUAGACGACUUUUGUCCAGACAAACCCACUACAAAGCCGUUUAAACCUCGCAGCCAGAGCUGGAACAGCUCUCCAGCCUCCACUGGGCCCAGUAUCUGGAGCAGAGGCUUCACCCCGACACCUACCAAGCCUCCCCAGUCUCCCCAGGCUGCAGGUUCUCCAGAGAGCCGUCCCUCCACCCAGGGGAAGGAGAGAGUGGUCGGCCUGGCCGGCCUGAGGCUGCUGCCCCGCAAAGAGCUGCAGGCCAAGAGGCCCAGAGAGGACUCCCGUGUAUCUGACGAGGAUGUUCUGCAGCAGUACUCCUCUUCUGAGCAGAAGCGGUCCAAGUCAGACCUUCAGCCAGACACGCCGGCGGUUAGCGUCCAGGCCCGGCCACGGAACCGCUUCGCCACGCUGCUGCAGAGGAGGAACCGGGAGCCGGAGGGAGACGGCCAGGCCGUCCACAGCAGGUUCUUCAGCAGCUCCAGUCCAGCAGCCGCUCUGAGCAGAGAGGACAGUGUGAUGGAGGCUCCACCAGCAGGUCCUGACGGUCCUGACGGUCCUGACUGUCCUGACGGUCCUGACCCCCCGUCCGUGGAGACCCCCAGCCCCCCUCCGUCCCCCAGCCCCCCUCCGUCCCCCAGCUCCACCAGCCGGGGCCUGAAGCUCUUCCAGUGGUCGGGGAGCCCCCCCCCCACCCAACAGUCAAAAACACUGACCUCCCUGAAGCAGUUCCAGUACAAGUCCAGCAGUUUCUCCUGCCCCCCCGGUGGGCGCUCGUCCCCCGACAGCAGAUCAGAGGUGAAGGAAGACGUCUCCGACUGUCCCCCCUCCCAGGACAGCGCUUACUUCUCCCAGUCUCAGAGCGUCUCCACUUCCUUCCAGGAGGAGGAAGCUCCGUCCUUCAGCCCCCCCUCGUCCCUCCAGGAUGACGGAGCAGCGGAGAGGAGUUUAAACACCAGUCUGGAGGUGGAGCCAGAGAGCCCUGGAUACCCUGGAAAAGCUGGAAAAGCUGCUGGAAAAGCUGGCCCCCCGAGAGCAAAGGUGUCAGGGCUGUCCAAGCUGUCGUCCAGCAGUCGGAGCCGAGCAGUCAAGGCCCAAACGCUCGGUCCAGCCAGAGCCAGCGGGUUGAGGAAGAAAUCUGUUGCUUCUGGGAAAAAGGGCUCCGCCCCAAACGACGAGAACAGCGCUGGAGUCCAGGCCACCAUCAGCAGCCUCUGGAAGAACUUCAGCUUCAAGAAAGAUUCCCAGAAGAUGAGUUCCUGUAAGAAGGAGCCCAUGUCCCCGGUGAAGGACAACCUGCUGUCCCGCUGACGCCACCAUGACCGUCCUCACCGUGUCUGAGGACAGUUCUGCACGCUGCAGCGUGUCUGAGGACAGUUCUGCACGCUGCAGCGUGUCUGAGGACAGUUCUGCACGCUGCAGCGUGUCCCGCGAGGCUUUUUAACAUACCGUGUAUGGCCACAGUUUCGCUUCAUUCUGUACUUCUGACUGUGUAGUUUUAAAUAAAACAACAGUUUUGUAAUACUUGGCCUGGGGAAUUAUUAUUGCACGUGAAGCUGUUUCUUCAACGUCAACAAUGAAACGCAUACACGUGUAAUGAAAAAUCCUUUUCUUUUGUUUUUUGAACUUUAUUAAAAUGACAAUUACAAUUGUUAUCAAAACAUUUUUGAACAAUCCUUGACAGAGGGCUUUUCAGUUACAUUUUUCAAGUUAGCACUUAAAUGAUUACAUGUUUAAAUAUUCCUUCACUGGUGUCCAUCUUUGCAGGAACAAGUCCAUUCUCAUCUGCAGCUCAGCUGUCAUGUGCUCCAUAACAUAUAUCUGUUUCAGUCUUAUCUUCUACUAAGUUCUUGUUGGUGAGAGUGUCUUCUUCCAAUUCACAGUUACAGUCUUUCUUGCAAUCAUCAAGAAUAUGCAUAGCAUAUAUCUCUUGUCCCUACUUGUUACAUUAUCUGGGAAUACUCCCAGUACAAAUAGUAUACGAUCCAUAGUUUUACAGUGUUCAAUAUCUUUUCAAUCUCCUUCUUCACAUCUCGCCAAAACCUUUCCAGUACUGAACAGUCCCAGAAGACGUUAAUGAUCCCCAAUCAACCCACAGUUCCUCCAAUAAAGAGGAGACACUGAAUGUUUAUAAAAUGUCGAAAGUACUAGUGGGGUCCUGAAAAAUCUGACUUUUGUUUUCCAGUUGAAUUCUUUCCACAUGUUACUGUUGAUACCUGAAUGGCAAUUCAAACACACGUCCUCUAUUAUCACAUUCAUUUCAAGCUCCAAUUUCUCCUUUACUUCAAGUGUAUUAUCAGACAUAUCACAUGAUAUAUUACCAUAAAUAUGUGAGACAUGAUUCUUAGUUGGUAGGCAUUUCUCAGUUACCAUAAUAAAGUCUCUUC